AUGUUGGAAUGGCUAAAAACCAAGAUACCAACCUUAAAAACAUGGGAAGGAGCAACACUCGCAGUUGUCGGGAUAAACGAGCUCCCCAAGGUCACCAAAGCCUCUCUCUGGAUCCCAGGGGAAGCGCAGGCUGACUUAGACGAGAAACAGGUUGUGUUUAGGCGACUUGAGGGGCAAAACCCUAUCUUGCAUGUGGCGAAAUUAUGCACCUUCUACCAUGAAAUUAAAAAAGACCCUAAGGGCCAUCUCUUCAUCUUCGGCAUCGGAGACGAAGACAAGGAAACCCUAAAGGCCAAAUCAAUGAGGACGAGCUAUGCGUUAACUGCAUUGACUAUAAGGCCAAAGGUCAAAAAAGCUAGACCCAGAGAAGACUGUUUGAUAAAGGACCCCCAAAUUUAA